AACAGGUUUUCAAAUGUCAAUGCAACCCCCUGGUGCUUUCCUUACUUUAUAUAAAUUUCUGUUAUGUCCAUAUGCCCAUAUAGCAAAAACACAAAAUCAAGUACACAAGUUAAUCCCGCGAGUAACAACAAUAAGAAAAACAAAGAUGAAAGGUCGUUCAAUGCCAGCAGUGCUGCUAACAUCAGCAAAGUCACGCCUAAGAAGACCUAUUAUGAAAACAAGAGAGGGAGUGCUGAUUUUUUAGGCAAUCGUUCGAGUGGAAAGGGAAAUUGGAGGGGCAAAGGCGAAGUUCUUAAUCGAAAAUCGCAUAAAUAUGAACGAUAUGCUUCUGGAUCAUCAUACUUGAAACCAGAUGGUAACGUAAAAGAAACUACAAAAAAAAUUUCAUUAAAUCAUUUGCUCAAUUUCAAGUUUGAUUCUAGGAAUGCUGCUGAUGAACCAAUCUCUAAUCACAUAAGGUACAACAAAAAUAACAGAAAAUCAUCUCAUGGAAAUGCAUUUAGCAGAGAAAGAUUCUUGCAAGCUAAUUGUGAAUUUAUUGUGAGUGAAGAUGGGGACUAUUCAGUGCAUUAUGUAGAUCCUGAUGUUCUUGUUCCAUGGGAUAAGGUCAAACAAGUUCGUGUAAAGUCUGAAAAAGAUUGGUUUUGUCCGAUUUGUUUGUACCCACCUUCUGUUGCGAAGAUUACGAAAUGUGGCCACAUAUAUUGUUGGCCAUGUAUUUUGCACUAUCUUGCGCUUGAAGAUAAAAAGUCUGGAUGUCGGGAAUGCCCAAUUUGUCAAGUUGACAUUCGAAAAGAAGAUUUACGCAGUGUUGUUAUCGAGGAAGAAGCAAUACUUCUAAUUGGAUCUGAAAUUACAAUGGAGUUAUUAUAUCGUCCACAAGAUUCGUUGAUUCCCAAACUUCUGUCCGAAAAUGCUGAAAUCUCAAUAACGAAGGAUACAGAAGCAUUGAAUCGAAGAACAAAAAUUUCUAAGUACUCUCCAGUACAAGUUUUAGAUUUAGUUAUUGAGCUUGAACUUGAAGAAUUGAAAUCAAAACUUGCUGAAGAUUUAGAUGAUUUGGAAAAGAUUUUUGUUCAGGCAGCAAUUACUGAAUGCGAGGAUAAGAAGACCCAACUUAUCGGUGAAAUAUCUCAACAAUGCGACAUUGACGUUAAAUCUCUUAGCGUCACUGAUUUAGAGUUAUGUCGUGAUGACUUGGCUUGUAAAACAGAAAUGGAAAACCCCAUCAACCCUGCAGCAGACAAUAUCUCUAGCAGUGAUAGCAGCAAUGUGUCUGGACGUGUCAAUGCUAGAAAAAAGCCAUCUGCUUACUACUUUUAUCAGCAAAAUAAUGGAGAACAUAUCUAUUUGAACGGGAUCAAUGUCAAAUGUCUUUUAAAAGAAUAUGGAAGUUUCCAAAAAUGCCCAUCCAAAAUCACUGGAGAACUCGUCAAUGUGGAACGCUUCGUCAUGACAGAAGAGCUGCGAAAACGUCAUAAAUAUCUUUCGCAUUUACCACUUUCAUGCGAAUACAGAAUUGUGGAGCUUGAUUUGCGUGCUCCAAUCAUUUCCGAAGAAACUUUGCAAGAGUUUGAAGGUCAGAUUAAGCAAAGAAAGGUUAACAGACAAAGAAAAGAGCGAGACGAAAACGCCUCAAGGCGCAAAGCAGAAAUUCAAGAACGCCAAAGGCUUCAAGAUUUCAUCAGAAGUCAGUCAUCGGGACAAAGUUACCAAGCUCUUGCAAAUUCAGCGUCAACUGGUUCAGUGUCUGUUUUUGUUACAAGCAGUGAAAUUCCAUCUCCAAAUCUUUCUCAAAAUUCUUCAUCAGCCUCGAUGUCACCACAUUAUGGCACAUCUCCAGCAGGUCACCAUGAUAGCGAUACAAAAUCUUUUGCAGAAAUGUUAAAGCUUGGUGAAGCUUGUGCUUUUAAGCCAGUUGCAAGACGUCAACAAUUUUCAAUACAGUCUACUCCGUUAAAAACAGAAUACAACAACAAUGUGACAAAAGCGGUGGAUGAAGAUGACCAGGAAGAUCCGUUUUAUGUUGCUCCAACAUACAAGUCUUCUUUCGGAGAUGCUCUGAGCAUGGCUUUAGAUGCGAUCGACGCCUCGUCUUCUACUGGAAAAGUUAAUGCUGCAGUAGAAAAACAGUCGAAAAAGAAGCAAAAGCGUAAGAAGAAACAAACCCUGCUCUUCUCAACGUCUUCUCAGCUGCAUCACCUAUAAGUUAACGCAUUUGUUGGUGAAUGAUUAAUAAAGACUUUGUGUAUGAAGUUAGACAUUUUCUUAUUAAAAUUGUAAAUACUUUACUGAUUUCUUUUAGGGGAAAAGCAUCACAUGUACUGUUAAUUGUAUCCUUGAUCUUUCAUCCAACUAGCCCCAAUGGGAAUCCCUGAUUCUUUUAAUAGUUAUUCCGACUUUUGUUCUGGCUUUUUUCAUCUAAGCGGCCUUUAUUAUGAUUCUGUGCUGAUGAAGUUCCAAAUGAUAUCAUUUUCUUACUUGAAAGUGUCUUAUUUGUGUCUAUCUUUGCCUCGAUUGAUUUCAGAUAGCAAGGAUAUGAACUGGUUUGACUUGGCAUAUGGCCAAUGUACCUUUUGAGUAUAUUUUUCAUUUGUUAUUCUUCCUGUUGUAUUUUUGGCGUGAAUGCAAAUUUGUUCUAAUAUCAAAAUUCUAAUUUUAGUUUGUUUUUCUGUUCAAUUUCGUCAAAAUAUAUUUGAUCUUAUUUAUUUAGCCUAUUUAAAUUUGAAUGCAAGUUUUGGCUGAGGUUUUGUUUUUCAUUUUGACAAGAAAUUUGGGAGUUUUGUAAUUUAUACGCUGCUAACUUGAGUCAAAUAAUAAAAUCAAAUAUGAAUAGCUAUUUCAUGUCUGUAUCUGAAUAGUUUAUUAUUAUACUAAAAAUAUUUGCGGUAACUUACAUUUUAAUUUGAAGUGUAAUAAAUAGCCCAAUUAUGUGAUUUAAAUCAUGUUUCAUUCCAAUUCUAAACAGAUUAUUAUGAAUUUGCUUCAAAAAGAGCAAAUUUACUUUAAAACUGUGGUUUCAGUUAUCUGGGUUAUAAUGCAAUCACCUCAUUAAAUAUCAAAUUUUGUAUGGGCUAAUUUUUUGAUCAUAUUUACUUCGUUGAGACAUAUUACGCAAAGCCUCCUGGAAUUACCACAAUCUUGUUUUGCUAACUUAUCUUAACUGAUAUAGUUUCAGCAUUAAUUUUUAUAUAUUGAAAUAGUUCACUAUUUGUAUUCAAAGGGGCAAAUUUUAACACCAGCUUCAUUUUGAUUAUGACAUAGGAUUCAAUUUCGAUCUAAUUUAUGAUAAGAAAUUUGAUACGGUAGACAUCAGUCAUAAUAAUCCCUUUGCGGCAGCCACCAGAAGUUACUGAAGCGUUAACCUACUCUAUUCUCUCUCCUUUUCUCUUUUUACAAAUUUAGAAUAGAGGCUGUUCAUUUUUUGUGAUGUAUGAAACAUACAGCUGCUUAGUGCUAAUUUGAAUAACACCAUUGUGAUUUAGGUUGUAAAAUUUAGCACCAUUUCACAAGUUCUUUCUAGGAGACUCAUUUUUUGCUUCAGGACAAUUUCAAAAUGUUGAUGUGGACCCAACAAAAGUGUACCAUAUUCAGAUAGCAUGAUUCUUCUAACAUUUACUUAACUUAGCCUAUUUUGCUUGGUUCGCAGCCAAUUGGUUGUAUUUUCGGGUACAAAAUGGAAUUUUUAAUUUUGUACAUCUCUAAAAACAUAUUUUGAAAGUCAUGUCAAUUUUUGUUUGAACUAUAUUUUAUGAUCCGACCUGUUUUUCAAAUUAUUGUAUAUUGGUAAUAAUUAACAAGAACUAAUAUAUCAAAUUUUACGAUCAUCAGUGAAGGUAAAUAGUGCUUUAUUUCAUGUUAUAUCAUACAUGCUAUUUACCUGAACGUCAUCAUCAUGUUGAACCUUUUUUGGGGAACAUGACAUCUAAAAACAUGCAGCAAAGAACGUCUACGUUGUUUAUGAACAAAAUCGUUUUGGUUAUAUUACAGUGCAUUAAAAUGUGAAAUUUGGAAUAUUUGUGCUGGAAUGCCAUAGAAUUGAGGGUAAAAUUCGAAAUAUGUUAUGAUUUUGUUGCCAAAAAGGGCCAAGUUGAAGAUUUAGAAUUUAAAUUUAUUGUAGGAUAGAAUCCUGGAGCACCCAACUAUUUACAUAAUAUGGACUAUUUUGCCAAUUGUUAUAGAAAUUUUUACUUUAUCGAAUUUUUUAUUUAUUCGACAAUUCAAAGAAUGACAUUUGGUUAUUAUUUAUUUUUGAAAUUAUUUAACAUAUCCAGUUAAUUUGAGAAUGCUAUCUGUAUUUAACAUCUGACUGUGUCUGUGUGUUAUGGAAAUAUUAUAUUAUACAAGAUCUAACCACUUCCUGUCACACGACCACUUCAAACCUACCGUAAUAAUAAUCUAUAAUCCAUUUGUUUCCUUUGAUUUUUUAUAUAUUGAGUGGAUUUUAUUCAGUUAUUCAGAUGUAUUACCAACCUUAUUUUGAAUUUCUGAUAUUCUGUAUUGGAAAGUUCAAUUUUGGUUAUUUGGAAUAUUUCCGCUAAUUUAAAAUAAUAUGUCUUAAGAUUCUUUCGUAAAAUUUCAUAUUUUUUCUGAUUUGUACAAGGCAUGAUGCAUAUGUAAUGUUAAAUAUUUUUUACAAUGGCCCAUUAUUUUGCGAGUAUUAUUGAAUUUGUGUUAGCUUCGUCAAAUAUUUACAUUGGUUGUUUGCUGUGACAUUCAGUCACCCUCAUUCCUGUUGUUGUUUGUUUGCCUUUACGCCAUUGUCCAACGGGAGGUGUGUUGUCUGGCCAAAUAUUUUUGCCAAUUUGAGAAUUUAUUAAAAAUGAUAUAUGGCCGAGUUUUGUGAGUGAAUUCUGAUGGUUUUAUGAUUCCAAAUGAUAAUGACCAAAUAGGCUACGGUCUAUAGCGAAAUUUUAGUAAUAUAGAGCACCAAGGUCAUCAUAACUUUUGAACAAAGCGUCCUAGAUUACUGAAAAUUUUGGCUACAAUCAUAUAAAAACAGAAGUUCAAAAAAUUUUCUCCAUUUUUGUAUAAUGAUUUUGUGUUUUGGAAGAUUAAUAACCUGUAUCAAAUUUUAUGCAUUUACCAUAGUUUUCAUUUUGAUUUCUAAAAUUGUGAUAUAACCUGGAUUGUAAAUGUCUCAUGAUCUUUGUAGUAGAAAAUCGAUAUAUCUGAAAAAAAUUAGUUUGCAAUUCAAAUUGCAAAAUUUCCACAAAUUUAUCAUAUUUUAGUGAAGAGCAUGUUGGGACUGUAUAAUAAUUACUAGUAGUGUAUAUUUUACCAUCUGAUAAUUGAAUUCUAUUUGACCUUCAAUUGAUAUGGGCAUUAUAAAGUGUGACAAAAUUAUUCAUGUUUACUUCAAUAUGAUGUAUUUCCCAUGUAAUCUACAAUUUGUUUUCCAUAAUAUUAAUAUUACACAGUUCUGAGAUAAAUAAUUUUUAUUUUGAUUCUCCCUCAGUCUGAGUACAUAAGUAGGUCUGUUAUGAUUCAUUUAUGUUGUAUGGAUUAUCAUAUCACAUAGUGGUUUAGCUAUGACCAUAUAAAACCAGUUUACUACAGUAACAUUUGUUUUUCAGAAGCAUAUUGAUAAACGAAACACAAUCCAAAUGCGCACACUAUCACGUAUCACUGGGGCAUGAUAUAUAUCUUGUGCUUGUGAACAUGAACUGCUUUUGUGUUGAUGCUCUCUUUUUUCUUAGUUCAUUUUUCGAGUUCAUAUUUGUGUUUUCAGUUCUGGGUAAUAGAUAUAGAAAUUAUAAUCAUUAUAUUUGUUAAAUUUUAAAUUUACUUGCUGAUUUAUGAUUAGUUUAUGUAUGGUUCAUAGUUGAACCAAUGAUAUUCUUCAUUUAAAAAUUUCUGAUCAUGUAUAAUAUGGUAAGACCAUUUUCAUUGCCUUUGUAAUUUAGGCCAGUAGGAGCGGAAAUAGGACUGUCUGGGUUCCAAAUUAUGUCUUUUCAUAAUUAUUGAGACGAAAAGCCAUGAGUUGGAAGAAUAAAACUUUUUUCGCUUUAAAAAAAAAAAUUGAUAAAUAGUUUGCAGAUUGCCGCUGUAUAUUACGUAAAUGUUAAUAUUUUGACCCAGAAAUAUUUUAUUUUAAAUAAUUGCCACAUUGUGUAUUAUAAUAUUCAAAUAUAGUGCCAGUUAAUUUUGUGUUUUUCAAAAUAUCUAGAUUUUGUUUCACGAUUUUCACAAAAUUAGAUAGCUGUUGCCAUUUUCAGACAUAGCCUAUCAUUUCUUGUGAUAUUUUGAUAGAUUUGAUCCGGCUUGUGUCUACUGUUAUUAAAAUAACUUCAAAGCAUUGAAUUGGUGUCCAUUUAUAAAUCCCUAUUCUUCAUUAAUAUGUCCGUGACAGGUUUAAAUGUACCGGUAGUUGGUUUUCAGGGUUUUCUUUUCAUAGUGUGAUGUUCUGAUGUGCUUUUUUCAAUUUACUGUCAAUAUCGUUUUUUUUUUAUUUAGAAAAUGGAGUAUUUUGAUUGGUGAAUUUGAAAAAUGAAAGUUUUUGAAAUCAGUUGGAAAAUUCUUGACACUAUGUAACUUCUCUAGUAAGCUAAUUGCAAUAUUUCCUUUCCUAUGUUUUCUACUUUAAAAUUGUCAAAGAUUUUAGUUUAGGUAUUCGGUUAAUAAUUUGUGAUUUCGUUUUCCUGUUCAAAUGCGUACUAAUAGUUUUAUUUUUUGUAGGUAAAAUUAUAAAAUUAUCUCAUUUAUUAUUACCGGUAAAUCAAUUUAUAUGAUUGGAGUGCUGUUUCAUGAAAUUCAAUUAUGCAUUUGUGUAUCGGUAUAAUAGAUUUUCUGUUCAUGAGGAUUGCUUUAUUUUACUAUUACUUGGGAAGUGUGAAAAAUUGGCAUUUUCAAGUUUUGUAAUCUAAAAUGCUGUAUUCAUGUCUUCUCAUUAAAAUGGUAUUUUUAAUAUUUCAACUGCAAGAUAAUUCAUUCAUAAUUAAAAAAUGUUUGUCUUUCAUUUCAUGGUAUA